AUGGCCGACGCUCUAAAAGCAGAGGGCAACAAGGCCUUUUCUACCAAAGACUAUGCUACUGCAAUUGAUAAAUUCACCCAAGCUAUUGCCAUCGAACCUCAGAAUCACGUUCUCUAUUCCAACCGAUCGGCUGUUUAUGCUGCGACUUCAGACUACCAGAAGGCUCUCGACGAUGCCAAUAAAGCGACCGAGCUCAAACCCGACUGGGCCAAAGGAUGGAGCCGAAAGGGAGCAGCUGCUCGUGGUUUAGGAGACCUUCUCUUGGCCCAUGACGCAUACGAGGAGGCGAUGAAAUUGGAACCUUCCAACGAUCAGUUCAAGGCUAGCUUCAACUCAGUUAAGCGGGCCAUCGACGCUGAGGCACAAUCAGACGGCUUCCAGGGAGACACUGGCGGCCUCGGUGGCAUGUUCAGUGACCCCAACCUCAUCCAGAAAUUGGCCAGCAACCCCAAGACGGCAUCCCUGCUCGCUGACCACGAAUUCAUGACCAAGUUGCAAAAACUCAAGGACAACCCGAACAGCAUCGGUGCGGAGCUCGGUGACCCCCGGUUCCUUCAAGUUAUGAGCGUCUUGCUCGGUAUUGACAUGCAAUUCGGUGCUCCACCUGAAGGCGCUGGUGGUCCGUCUGGAGCUACUGAGGCUGAGGAAGAUGUCCCCAUGCCAGACGCUCGCUCUACGCCCACAGAAACCAAGAAAGCACCUGAACCCGUGCCCGAACCAGAGGAUGAAGAUGCCAUUGCCAAGAAGAAGGCUCAAGAAGCUGGUGACGCUGAGAAGAAGAUUGGAAACGACUUUUACAAGAAGAAGCAGUUUGCCGAGGCUAUCGAACACUACCAGAAAGCAUGGGAACUCAACAAGGAUGUUACCUACUUGAACAAUACCGGCGCUGCCAAAUUUGAGAGCGGUGAUUACCAGGGAGCUAUUGAGGUUUGCCAAGAAGCGGUUCAGGAGGGUCGUGAACUUCGAGCUGAUUUCAAGACCAUUGCCAAGUCCUUUGCCCGUAUUGGUAGCGCAUACGAGAAACUCGGCGACCUUGGUAACGCAAUUGAGUAUUACAAUCGAUCUCUUACCGAGCACCGUACUGCCGACGUCCUCACCAAGCUCCGUGCCGCUGAAAAGGCCAAGAUAAAGGCUGAAAAGGAUGCCUACAUCAGCCCUGAAGAAGCCGAGAAAGCCCGUGAACUCGGUCAGAAGAAGUUCCAGGAGGCAGACUGGCCAGCUGCCGUCGAUGCAUUCACCGAGAUGACCAAGCGUGCCCCCGAAGAUCCUCGUGGAUUUUCGAACCGUGCCGCCGCUCUAAUCAAGCUCAUGGCAUUCCCUCAGGCCGUCACAGACUGCGACGAGGCUAUCAAGCGUGACCCAGCUUUCAUUCGUGCUUACAUCCGUAAGGCACAGGCUCUCCAGGCUAUGAAAGAAUACAACAAGGCUCUUGAUGCUUUGACCGAAGCAUCUACACAUGAUACCGCGGGUAAGAAUGCACGAGAAAUCGAGCAGCAGCAGAACAAGAUCUUGGAGGCGCAGUACAGUGCUCGUGCAGGUGAAACAGAGGAACAGACUGCCGAGCGUAUCCAAAAAGACCCAGAGAUCAUGUCCAUCCUCCAAGACCCCGUCAUGCAGAGCAUUUUGCAGCAAGCAAAGAGCGACCCAGCCGCUCUGCAGGAACACAUGAAGAACGCUCAAGUCCGCAGCCAAAUUCAGAAAUUAGUUGCUGCUGGUGUCAUUCGUUUGGGACGGUAG